AGGAAGAGCAUGAUAGGAUCUAUUCAGCUUGUUUGCGCCUUUUUGUUCGUCUCUGUUCUACUGCCGUAUGUGUUUCUCAAGCAAAAUCAGGCCAUGGAGGAAUCAGCCACUACACUAAAUAACAAGGGUAAAAGAAAAUUCAUGGGUUCGUCGAAGCCUGUCGACAAUUGAUCUCACAAGGAAUGACAGCUAGGUACCUAUAUAUGCUAACUAGAAACUGAGCACAAGACACAGAAGUGUCUGAACAUGGAGGAGGUUGCAGAGUUCAGUGAGACCUUGUUGUGUAAAAUUCGCAAGCGUACGAAUCACACAAUAGUAAUAAUGGUAAGGGAAUAUUUUUCUAGCAAUGUCUGCUGAAUAGAAACAAAGCAAAAGAGAUUAACAAAAGAGAUUCCAAGCCGUUUUCCAGGUCUGAUGCUGCCGAUGCCAUGUUUCCUUAUAAGGAGUUCUGCUGGGGUGGGGUUCCUGAUAAAUUGUAAUUCUGAUAACGAUUAGAUAAGCAUAUGGAAGGAGUGAAUGAAAGAAAACAAGAUGAAGUUUUUGGAGUUGAAGACGGGGGAGAACCUGGGGAUAUCGACUCCCCUGGUCCUGAGUAUGGUUUUCAUCUAGAUGAUUUGAUGAAAGGAUUAAUUUUCUAUGAAGAUCUGCAACAAGAUUGUCAACUUCAAUCAUUUUCAGAUGACUUGCUACUUGAUAUUGGUGAACACAACAAUGAAGAGAAUCAUCCACAUACUACAACAUCAGUUGAGCUGUUCAGGAGGUUUCGUAGUGGGUUCAAACGAAUAAAUGGAGAGAAAAUAAUUGAGCCAACAAGUGAAUCAAUAUGCGUGAAGGAGCCAACCACUAGACUGUCAACUGAAGAAAUCAUGAGAGUUGCUGGAACAAGGUUCAUUCAGUCUUCUUCCCAGACAGUUGAUAUUAUGCCCAUACUUAGCAAACCUUUGGAUCUUUCUCUAUCUGGACUUUCAAGUGAGGAAAUAGAAGAUAUAGAGCUUGCUGAUAUGCUUCUAGCUUCUGCAGAGAAAGUGAGCAAUCAAGAAUACGAGCAUGCCAGUAAACUUCUUAGCCAAUGUGAUCGUUUAUCUUCCAGCACCGGAAAUCCCGUUCAAAGGGUAGUUUAUUAUUUUUCCAAAGCUCUUCGUGAGAAGAGUGAUCGAGAAUCAAAGGGCUCGAGGAAAAACCUUCCAUUUGACAUUCCUAAGGUGGUGAUGAGUGCUCCUAACUCUGCAAUUAUAGCUAACUUCAAACACGUUCCCUUCUGUCAGGUUGAACAAUUUGCUGGAGUCCAAGCCAUUGUAGAAAACAUGGCUAGGGCAAAGAGGGUUCACAUAAUUGAUUUUGGCAUCAAAUGUGGAGUGCAAUGGACACUUUUGAUGCAAGCCCUUGCAUCUCGAAGUGAAUGCCCGCUUGAGAGUCUCAAAAUAACUGCAGUCGGGUCUUGGGCUUGUUCAAGACAAAUGGAAAUUGCAGGUAAAUGGUUAAUGAGUUUUGCUGAAACCAUGAACUUACCAUUCUCUUUUAUGGAAGUUACAAUGUCAGCUUUUGACCUCAAAGAAGAUCAGUUUGAGAUUGAUGCAGAAGAAACAAUUGCUAUCUACUCUGAGUUUUUCUUGUGGACUAUGAUUCCACAGCCUGAUCGCCUGGAUUCUGUAAUGAACGUGAUAAGAAAAUUCAAUCCAUGUAUAAUGGUGAUCGUUGAAGUUGAGUCAAAUCUCAAUUCACCUUAUUACCUGAGCCGUUUUAUUGAGGCUCUUUUCUAUUACAGUGCAUAUUUUGAUUGCCUCGAUGUCUGUAUGGAGAAGGAAGUUCAAAACAGGUUGUUCACAGAAUCCCUCAUGAAUCAAGGAAUCAAGAGUGUUGUGGUAGCUGAGGGAGAGGAACGGAAAGUUCGACAUGUAACGAUUGAUGUUUGGAGGGCUUUCUUAUCCCGUUUUGGGAUGGAGGAGAAGGAGCUUAGCAUGUCUUCCUUGUACCAAGCAUAUCUGAUGGUCAAGAAUUUUGCUUGUGGUAAUUCUUGUACACUUGAUAGGAAUGGAAAAUCCCUAAUUAUUGGGUGGAAGGGAACACCAAUUCAUUCGGUUUCAGUUUGGAAGUUCCUUUGAUAAAUGCUCAGAAAUCAGAAUCGCUUUCAGCAUCUGACAGUUGCCAAGAAGUUAUUUGUUAUUGGUCAGAUUAGGAUAUAUAUAUUUACGCCCAGGAUUUCUCUCCUUAUAUAGAAACCAAUGAUAUUGAUAGGUACUUGUUUAUGCUAACUAGAAACUAAGCACAAGAGGGGAAUACAGUAGUUUCUGACUUCUGAGCUAGUCUCCAAGUUUGAUAUGGCCACUGCAUUGUACCCUUUUGAGGGCUGCGGUGGAUUUUCUGGUAAGUGGACUCAUUCUUAUAAUUCUUUGAUGAGUGUAGAAGGAGUGAAUCGAUGGAAACAAGAUCAAGUUCAUAGAGUGAAAUUCUGGGGACAGGCUUGAAUAACUGAUCCCUUGGUUCUGAUUAUGGGUUUUAUGAAGAUGAUGGAUUUAUUUUCUCAAAGUACCAGCAACAAGAACACCAACUGCAGUCAAUUUUGGGUUAUGGACUUCUUGACAAUCCAAGGAUUGAUGUCUUUUCUCCCCCACUUGAGGCAUGCAUGGAGGAUAUUGCAGAGUUCAGUGAGACCUUGUUUAUGUAAAAGUCGAAAGCCUACGAAUCGCACAAUAGUAAUAAUGAUAAGUAAAAAUCGUUCCCAAGGAGAUUGUGUAAAACUUGCUGAUUAUCGAUUAUGACUCUUUUUAAAUAAGCUUGUGCAAGAAGAGAACUAAUAAGCCAAGUAGUGGCACACAAAAUUCUCUCUUUUA